AUGGCCCCGGCAGUCGCUGUACAACGGAAGCAGAUCGACUUGGCGCCGUUGAAGAACGCCAAGGUGCCGAUCAUCUUCAUCGUCGGAGGCCCCGGCUCGGGCAAGGGCACCCAAUGCGACAAGAUUGUCGCCAAGUACGGACUCUCGCAUCUGUCGUCUGGGGACUUGUUGAGAGAUGAGGUGAAGUCCGGCUCGUCCCGCGGCGCCGAGCUGACCGCCAUCAUGGAGGCCGGCAAGCUGGUCCCCCUGGAGGUCGUGCUCGACCUGGUGAAGGAGGCGAUGCUCAAGAAGGUGGCCGCCGGCUCCAAGGGAUUCCUCAUCGACGGCUACCCCCGCGAGGUGGCCCAGGGCGACCAGUUUGAGGGCGAGAUUCAACAAGCCCAGCUGGUCAUCUUCUUCGACGUCUGCGAAGAGACGCUUGUGAAGCGGCUGCUCCACCGCGCCCAGACCAGUGGCCGUGCCGACGACAACGAGGCGACGAUCAAGAAGCGCCUGCACACCUUCAUCACGUCGACGGCCCCCGUCGUCGACCACUACGAGAAGAAGGGCAAACUUGUUCGCAUCCCGGCCGAGGGCUCCGUCGACUCGAUCUUUGCCGAAGUGUGCAAGGCCCUCGACAAGGUGUGCGCCAGCAAA